GUGACGGGUGGCGAGCGAUCGGUUGUGAUGCUGGAGCCCAGAAAGUGGCACGUGGUGGCCAAGUGGUCGGGCUGUGUCAAGUACCCGGCCACACACAUGGCCCCCUCCGCGGCGGCGCCCGGCUACGUCUACGUGGCUGGGCUGGACUACGAGUGCGCGGCUGGGCGCUGGGACGGCAGCAGCGGCGGCGCGGCGGGGAACUCCAACAGCGCCUCGGGGGGGCACGGACACGGACGGGCGGCGGGGCCGGCGCAGCUGAUGCUGGCGGCAGAGGAUGGAGUAGAGGGCGGCAAUCGCGCUGGCCUGUCCUUCCGAGGGGACUCCAAGUGGCUUGGACUGGCCACUGCAACACUUCCUGCUGAGGUGGCUCAGGGGCUUGGUGGCGAUGGCGUCCGAGAGCUUGUGGCUGCUUUGAGCAUGUCCGGACACCUAUACGUCUUGGCAGCGUCCGCAGAUGCGUCAGCGGCGUAAGUUAAGAUGGUGUAAUAUUUAAAGCGGUUCGAUGGUCCCGGGCACUUUGACCGCUUUACAGGCUCAUGUUGCGGCAAAAGGAGAUUUGUAUGAUGGUAAAAGGA